UAAGUUUUUAAUAUACAAUAUUCGUUAUUAAAAUAAACAGGAAGGUAAUAUUUUACAAUAUAAUAAAUUGUGAUUAAGUUUUACACAUCUACUCUUAUUCAUAAAUGACAAGACACGUAGUUGUAAAGCAACCGGAAUGUCUACAAAUAAAACCAUGUAACAAUGAGUAUAGAAAUUUCGAACAACAUGAUAGUCAAAUGGAUAUGGUACCAUGGAUUCAGUCAUCUAAUAACAAUGUGCAUAGUUAUGUCCAAAAAAGUGAUGUAGAUUAUAAUAAUAAUGAUGAUGACCAUGCAGAUAAUUGUAAUGACAUUCAUUCAGUAUCUGAUUCCUAUAAUCUACGUUGUUGUCUACUGUCAGCAUGUUGUGAAUCUUGUACAUGUUUUACAAUCCCAAGAAAGUGUGAUACUAUUUAUUAUGCACUACAAAAGUAUACAAAAUAUUGUCCUAGUGGUUGUCCUACUAUAGUUCCAAAACCGGAAGAAGAAGAAUGGAAUCUACCACCAGAGAAAAAUGCACGUAGUUUUGCAAUGUGUCAGUGUUGUUAUUCUCCAGGUGGUAUAAUAUGCAUGAAAUACUUGGACAUAUUAUGCUGUCCAUUAUGUCCAAUGUGGGAUAUAUGUAAAGGAUGUGAUUAUGGUUAUCGACGCUUUCGAAUACAAGUCAUAUUAGACCGUUAUAAAGAUUCACACAAACGGAGAUAUAUACCGUGUAUAUAAAAUAAAAAUGCUUGUCAUUUUCAGAACACUUAAAAAAUUACAAUGUAUUUCUAUUCGUACUUAAGUUAGUUUACUACAUUUUUGCAAUAAAAAACAAUACGAUAGUUCCUUACUGUUGAAAGAAUUAUCUCCAAAUACCUAAAGAAAAAGGAAGAAAGAAGAAAAAACCGUUCUAAUUGUCAGUAGUUUUCUCAGUUCCACUAUGUUAUUCACUAUGUGUAUUGAAAAUAUAUAAAAUGAAUAGCUUUUUAAUUACAAUUAUG